AUGUGCUCCCGCAGCUCCUGCCACGACCACGAGUCCUCCUGCCACGGAUCCCGCUCUUCCAGCCACAGAUCCUGGUUCUCCUGCCUCAGGUCCCGCUCCUCCUGCCACGACUCGGAGUCCUCCUGCCACUACCCCGUCCAGAGGCAGCCGGUGCAGAAAUGCAGCUUCGUGACGUCCUGCUGCCCCCCCGGGCAGCGCUACUGCCCCCCGGGCCCUUACUGCCCCCAGAUCCCCUACUGCCCCCAGGUCCCAUAUUGCCCCCAGGUCCCCUACUGCCCCCAGGUCCCCUACUGCCCCCAGUACACCAAGAACAUCUGUAACCUGCCACCAGCUUGCCCCAAGUAUUGA